GCAGGCAGGGCGGAGCAGGCGGCAGCGGCGGGCCGGGGCCUGCGGCGCACCGGGAGCACGCGGGCGGCGGCGGCGGGGCCAUGGGCGGGGUGGAGAAGAAGAAGUACGAGCGGGGCUCCGCCACCAACUACAUCACCCGCAACAGGGCGCGGAAGAAGCUGCAGCUGAGCCUGCCCGACUUCAGGCGCCUCUGCAUCUUGAAGGGGAUUUACCCCCACGAGCCCAAGCACAAGAAGAAGGUGAACAAAGGCUCCACUGCACCCAGGACCUUCUAUCUCCUCAAGGACAUCAAAUUCCUCCUGCAUGAGCCCAUUGUCAACAAAUUCCGGGAGUACAAGGUCUUCGUCCGCAAGCUCCGGAAGGCCUAUGGGAAGAGCGAGUGGGGCACGGUGGAGAGGCUGAAGGACAACAAACCCACCUACAGGCUCGACCACAUCGUGAAGGAGAGGUACCCGACCUUCAUAGAUGCUCUGCGGGACCUGGACGAUGCCCUCUCCAUGUGCUUCCUCUUCUCUACCUUCCCACGGUCAGGCAAGUGCCACGUCCAGACGGUGCAGCUGUGCCGGCGCUUGGCCGUCGAGUGGCUCAACUACGUCAUCGCCUCCCGCUCCCUGCGCAAGGUCUUCCUCUCCAUCAAGGGCAUCUACUACCAGGCUGAGGUGCUGGGGCAGCCAAUCACCUGGAUCACUCCCUACUCCUUUGCCCAUGACCACCCCACGGACGUGGACUACCGGGUGAUGGCCACCUUCACCGAGUUCUACACCACCCUGCUGGGCUUCGUCAACUUCCGCCUCUACCACUCCCUCAACCUGCUCUACCCCCCCAAGAUCGACAGCCAGACUGAUGGGGAGCUGAAGCCUGCAGAGGGCAAGGAGUAUGCCAUGGAUUCAGAGAGCUACCUGGAGAAACUGUCGGCUCUGAGUGCCAGCCUGGCACGUGUGGUGGCACCAGCCCACGAGGAUGAAGUGGAGAUGGACGAGUUCCCAGUAGAGGGGGAGACAGCAGAGCAGAUGGACACGAGGAGGCAGGAGCAGGAGGCCCUGGAGAAGCACAAGAAGCUGUUCGAGGGGCUGCGCUUCUUCCUCAGCAGGGAGGUGCCCCGCGAGCCGCUGGCCUUUGUCAUCCGGUGCUUCGGGGGCCAAGUCUCCUGGGACAAGUCCCUGUGCAUCGGUGCCACCUACGGCGCGAGCGACCCCUCCAUCACCCACCACAUCAUCGACCGGCCCCGCCCCAAGCCCCAGCUGCUGGGCAGGUGCUACCUGCAGCCUCAGUGGGUCUUUGACUCGGUCAAUGCCAAGAUGUGUCUGCCCGUGGCUGACUACUUCCCUGGCGUCCUUCUGCCCCCACAUCUCUCGCCCUUCGUGACGGAGCAGGAAGGGGACUAUGUUCCUCCUGAGAAGCUGAAGCUGCUGGCCCUGCAGAGAGGAGAGAACCCAGAUAACGAGAGUGAGGAGGAGGAAGAAGAGGAGGAAGAGGAGGAUGACAAUGACAAAGAAGAGGAGGAGGAUGAAGAUGAGUCUGAAAAGGAAGAAGAAAUUAAAUUAAAGAAGAUGGAAGAGCAGAAGACUCAGAGCAACAAGGCGCUUCCUGUGAAGGUGACUGCUGGCAAAGUGCGGCUGGAGGACAGGAAGCGCCUGGAGCAGGAGCAGCAGAGCGAGGAGAAGCGCCUGGCCAUCAUGAUGAUGAAGAAGAGGGAGAAGUACCUCUACAAGAAGAUUAUGUUUGGCAAGAAGCGCAAAGUCCGAGAGGCAAACAAGCUGGCUGCAAAGAGGAAAGCUCACGACACGGCUGUCAAGGAGGAGAAGAAGAAGGGCAAGAAGGCACGGCGAGCCUGAGGGGCCCCGGGGCUCCCACACCCUGCAGAGCUCAUCGUGCCUGGGUGGAAACUCCUCAUCACUGCUCUGGGGCCAGAACUGCUCUAUUCAAACACCUCUCACCCAUAAACCACCUCCCACUGUGCCUUGCCCGCAGCUCCCUCCACUGCUGCUGCUGCCCACCCUUGCCUGGGCUGUGGGAUGGUGCCACAAGGACUGCCCUCUUCGUGCUGGUGCCACCUCUGCUUCCUGACCCGCGAGGAGGAGGCCAGGGAGGGGUCUGAGUUCUGGCUGGUCCCUGCAGGAUUCUUCCUUUGGACUUGCACAGCCCUGGCUGGCAGAGCUGGCCCUGUGGCGGGGCAGGAGCUCCCCAGGGCUUGGUUCCUCUCUUGUGUUGUUUUUAAUUAAAGAUGAUGAUGCUUCCUUGGCA